AAAAAAAGAGAAAGAUAUUGUUUCUAUCUAGCUCCUUGUUUCUCAACCAUCUGAGAUUUGGCAUCUCUCUUUUGUUGCUCUUGUCAGCUUGACUCAGUAAAUAAUAAACAUAAUAAAUAUAUCUAUUAUCGUGAAAAACUUGUUGUCGGGUUAAGUCGAGUUGUCUCUUCCUGCACCAGUCAGUUGAAGCAAUUACUAGUUAAAUAGAGCAAUAUAUAGUUGAUGUUACAGUUGUGUAUAGUGUUCAUUGAGGACAGUUGACAAUAAAAAAUUACAUUGUACACUCCAUAAGUUGUAUCUACUGUUUUAAAUUUUAAUUUAGAACACUGUAGGUUCUUUGUGUGUGAACUUGAUGUGACUAAUGUGAUACUCCAAAGCAUUUGUGUAAUUGUGUUUUUGUAUUUUAUUUAUAUCCAAACUCUAGACAACAAUUUUAAUUUAUUUAUUUAAACCAGUCAUUGACAUAAUUUAUUAGCUUAUUAUUAUUAAUAAAUAUAAAAAUUAUUUCAUUAACAAAAAACGUCAAAGCAACAUAAUAAUUUAUUGUGUUUUUUUUUUGUUCAACUCACAAAAAAUUCAUAAGCUCCAAUUUUUAAAAUUAAUAAAAAAUAAAAAAAAUUUUUAUUUAAUAAUAAUAAAAUUAUUGUUAUUAUUAUUAAUAUAAUUUUUGUUUAUUUACCGUUAAAAAAGUUAUGACUUGUUGAAGUGAAAGAAAGGUUAAAAAAAAAUAAUUGCUUAACAUUAAAAAAAAUUUGUUAAACAAUUAAUUAAAAAUUCAUAAAUAAUAGCUAGUUUGACAAGUCUAUAUAAAUUUUAUAGUGUCAAAAAAAUAAAUAAAUAUAAAUAAAUAUUUAUUUAUUUAUUAAAAUGAAGUUUGAAUAAAAAAAUAAAUAAAAAAAUUAAAUAAAAAAGACACACCCAAAUGCAUAAAAAAACACAUGGUUAAUAUGGUGUUGUUUAUAAUGAAUUCGUUGACUUCAUUUGUGCUUAGUGUAAUAUUAUUAAUAUCAUGUAUUGUACAACAACCAACAACAGUAUCUGCACAAGAUACAACACAAGAAAAUUUAGCAACAAGAAUGCGUACAAUAAGCGAAGAUUUAAAUCGUCAAUUGGAGGAAAUAAUGGUAUCCCAGGCACUUAAUUAUACAUCAAUUAAUGCAACGGGACUUCCAUACAAUGCCACCACAAAAUUUUAUUCAAAAGGAAUGGGAAGAUUGUAUAAUGCAACAAAUAUGUUUAUGGAUAUUAUUCAAUCCAAGCAAGCAUAUCCAGAAGGGCUGAUAACAGUUGACAAUAAACGACACUUUCAUUUUGCUGAUCCAGCUAAAGAAUGGAAAAUAAUAAUAAGUCAUUAUGGUGGAUUAACUGGACUUGCUUUUGCUGGACUUCUUUUAGCAGCUAUACUUCCAUGUGUUGGUUUAUUUUUCUUUUGUUGUCGUUGUGCUGGACAUUGUGGUGCAAGAAGUCAGCCAUUUGAUAAAAAACAUGAUCAAUGUCGAAAAAUUAUUCUAAAUAUGUUUUUAAUUGCUGUUGCAACAAUGAUAUUGUAUGGUGUUGUUUGUGCAUUUGUUACAAAUGAAUUUGUUCAAGAUGGUACUGAAACACUGCCUUACAAUGCAAAAAUAAGUUUAAAAGACGUUGAAUUAUAUUUAGAAACAACAAAAAGACAAAUAAAUAAUUUAUUAAUAACAAAUUAUGAUGAAUUACAAAAUUCACUUAAUAAUACACUUCAAGCAAGUGGUAAAAUUGUUACUGAAAAACUUGAAGUAUAUUCACAUGCUGUAUCAUUAACAAAUUUAAAAGAUAUUGUAUCAUGUUUGGAUAAUAUUGGUGAAGAUUUACGUGUUAUGCAUAAUAUUACAAAAGAUCUUAGAACAAAUGCAAGUCAAUUGGACAUUGUUGUUAGAGGUGUUAAAAAAGAUUUACUACGUACACUUGGUCUUGAAUGUAAAACACAAAUGUGUCAACAAAUUUUACAUGAUUAUAAAAUAAAUGAACUAUCUGUUCAAAUUGAUUUCAACAAGUACUUGGAUCAAUAUUUUCCAAAGCUUCCAAAUGUAACACUGGCAUUACGUAAUAUAACAUGGCUAAUGGAGGGAAAUAUUGUUGCUGAAGUACAAAAAGGACGUGAUUCAUUUACAAAAAUUCAACGUGAUAUACAACAUGCUGUUAAUGAAACAAUACCAGUUGUUAGUUCAAGUAUAAAACAAGCUGGUGAAUCAUUAGCUAUAACAGCAAAUAAUAUAACGACAUUUAUUGAUUCAAUAAGUGAUAAAAUAAAUAGAAUAUUAAUACCACAUCUAGAUAUUGCAAAUGAUAAUAUUGAUAAAUAUUCAAUAUACAGAUAUUAUGUGGGUCUUAGUGUAUCUGGUGUAUUAUUAUUAAUAUUAACAUGUAUAACAUUUGGUUUAUUUUGUGGUAUAUGUGGUAAAAGACCAGAUGGUUAUGGUGAUUGUUGUGAUAAAGGUUCUGGUGCAUGUUUUCUAAUGACUGCUGUAUGGUUUAUAUUUUUAUUAACAAGUAUACUUAUUGUCAUAACAAUUGGACAUAUGAUUACUGGUAUUGUUGUACAACGUGGUAUAUGUGAACCAUUAAAAAAUCCAUAUGAUAAUCGUAUAUUUAAACUUGCUGAUGAUUAUUUACAAGUUAAUAAAUUAUUAUAUAAAGAUAAUCCAGAUGCUGAUAUUAAUAUUGGACAUAUAUUAAAAAAAUGUCAUGAAAAUGAAACAAUAUAUAAAGUAUUAAAACUUGAAAUAAUGUAUAAAAAUGAACUUGAAAAAGUUAAAAAUUUUGUUGAAAAAUAUUCAAUAAGUAGUACUAUUGAUCAAUUACGUCAAAAAAUUAAUUUAUCACCUGGUAUUGUUAUAUUAAGUGAUAAUGCAACAUUAAAAUUAAAUGAUCUUGCACAAAGUGGUUUAAGUGAUAUUGAAUUUUAUCGUUAUGCUGAAUUAUUAAAAGAAAAUUUUACAAAUAUUAAUUUAUCUGAACUUGGUAAUAAGCUACGUAAUUUAGCAAAUCAAUUACCAGAUAAUCAAAAUAGUACGAAAAAUGAUUUACUUAAAAAUGCUCAUGAUCUUGAACAUUAUCAUAAUGAUUUAGUUAUACCAAUGAGAUUAUUAAGUGAACAAUUAAGUAUACGUGCAUUAAAACUUGAAGAUAAUAUUAAAUUUAAUCAUAGCUCAAUGAGUGAAGCAAUUCAUAGUCUUAUUGAUGAAGUUCAAACUGCUCAAAAAUUUUUAAAUGAAGAUGGUCCAGAAUAUGUACAACUUCUUGCUGUUAAAUUUAGUGAUGCAUUUGUCAAACAAAUUAAUGAUUUUCUUGAACAUUUGAUUAAUAAUGCACGUGGAACAAUUGGUAGAUGUGGUCCAGUAUCAAAUGCAUAUAAUGCUACACUUGUUGCUGGUUGUAAUAAAAUUGUUGAUCCAUUUAAUGGAUUUUGGCUGAGUGUUGGAUGGUGUUUAAUUUUCUUUAUUCCAACAAUUAUUAUCAGCGUUAAACUCAGUGCACUUUAUAAAAAAUCAGAUCCUUAUCCAGGACCACUUGUUGAAUCUGAAUAUUUGUAUGACGCAUACGCCGACAGGGAUAACAUGCUACUUGCUCCUACACAUGUUAAGAAACAUAAUUAUCGAUAUCAUCCACAUGCAUAUGCUGAAGGAUAUGAUGGACCAAUUCCAACAUCUGGUCCUGCUAGACGAUAUGCAUCACGUGAAAGAGUUGAUGCUGCUCAUCAAGGAACUUCACAACAUGAUUCAAGAUACUCCGAUCGUGCUCCCAAAAAUUGGGAUUUUCCUAAUGGUGGACCACCAAGAUAUCAACCUCCAGCAGAUGCACCACCACCAAGCACAGAAUACGAACGACCUCCACCAUAUUACUAUCAUCCCGAAGACAGAAAUUAGGAUAUAAUUACCGUGACAUAUAACAAUUAUGCAUUAAACAAACCAACAAUGUACAGUCUCAUGAGAAGCUACAAAAGAAAAAUUAAAAAAAAUCAAAAAAUAGCAAGAAGAGAAUAUGUGUGAUAAAAUGUUUGUGCGAUAUGUCACGGAUUAAUGAUUAUUAAUAAUGUUGUUAAUUUUUGGAUACAACAAAUGAUCAAAUUUAAUCAAGAUGACCAAAACGAUUAAUUGUUAGUUAUUAAAUAAUUUUAUAUUAAGUUGACAAAAAAACUGAGGCAAUAUUUGUACAACAUAUAUUAUUUAAAAAAUUUUUUUUUUAUUAAUUUUCAAUUAGACCCAAAAAAUAAUUGAGAUAUUUUCUUAAUAAAUUAAAUGCAUUUUUUAAAAAUAGUAUUAAUGCUAUUUAAAAAUGUAAUUUGUUUAUUUACAAAUAAAAAAAAAACAAAAAACAAAUUUUAAUGCCAUUGAAGCUAGAGAAAUCGAAGAUUCGAAAUCAAUAUAUUUUAAAACAAUAUUUAAUUAUUAUCGUUGUCAUAUAGUAAUUAAAAAAAUCUCAAUUAAAAAAUUUUUUGGGUCUGUUGUAUUUGUUUUUAACUAUUAUAAUUAUUAUUUUUUUUCCUUGGUAAAUAAUUCUUAAAUUUUUCUUUAUUUUUCUUUUCAAAGAUGAGAUUAAUCGAAGUAAAUUGGAUAAAUUGUUAAAGAUUUAAUAUUAUUACUUUUCUUUUCAUGAUUUUGUUGAAAACUUGGAUAUACUAUUUAUUUGAUUGCAUUUAUACUAGUUAUGCAUUUAUUUUAGUUACCCAUUUUGCUAUAAUGCCAUAAAAAAUUGCCAAAUCAUAAUACUCCAGAAUGUAAAUUAUAAUUAAAAAACAAAGACACUUGAUUGACAUUGACUGUAAAUUAAAUUUUGUAUUAUUAAUAAUAUGACAUAAUUGUAAGCCAAUGUUUUCAACAAAUACGACGAAAUUAAGUAGAAAUGAUAAUUGAUUGUAAUUAAUUUUGAAAUGUAUUAUAUACAAGAAAAAAAAUAUAAAAUUAUCUUUAUUAUACUCUUUGACACUUUGAGGUUGUUGAAAAAGUAUAUAAAGUUUUAAAUAUCUUAAAUGUUUAGUGGAUUAUUUGUUAUGGCGAUGAAUUGGAUAUUGAUGAAAAUGAAAAGCAGUUUUCAGUAAAUUGUUUGUCAAAUUUUUCAAAUGAGACUGUUUAUAAAAACAACAAAAUAAGAACAAAGAUUUGCUGUAAGUCUGUGGUGCUAUUUUUCAUUUAUUUUUGCACACUGGCUAAUUUUUUUUAUAAUAUAGGACAUAAGAUAUACUUGACUGUAUUACUUUUUUCUUAAACUAGAUUAAUACUAAAUUGAAAUUAUAUAUAGAAUAUACAAUAUACAUAAUAUUUCUUUACAUAUAAAAUUAAUUAUAGAAAUUAUGCUAAGUCAUUUUUAUGUAUUUACGACUAAUUGCCACAAAGAAAAAGAAUUAAAAAAAUUAAAUAGAUUUUAAUGUAAUAAAAGUGCUCAGAAAAAUUAUAAAAA